CAUAGAGAUACUAUAGUUCCUAUGGAAGUAAACCUCAAAUUGUCAAAUUGAUAUUGCAAGUUUCCAUAAACAUCUAUAAAUUUAAACUCAUUUGUAAUACGUUUUUUGUGUAACUUUACUGAUUGUGUAUCAUCUGUGUUAAAUAUUAUAUAAAUUUAACCUGCUGUAUUAAUUACAUAAAUGAAUAUAUAGAGAAACAGUUGUAAGAUACGAAGAAAAAUGAUAAAAGUACCAAAAGAAAUCGAUCUUGAAAAUUACAUUUUGAUAAUUCCAUCAGUGGCUGUUGGAAAUGUUGGACAAUUAUCCAUCGAUCUGUUGAUCUCUAGUUUGAAUCUAUGUAAAAUUGGAUCCAUGUGGAAUCCUGCAUUCAUUCCAAUCUCUGGUCAUGAUCCUUAUGAUAAACAUUCCAACUCUCUUUGUACAGCAGCUGAUUUUUAUCUUGGAACUUCGUGUAAAGUAAUCCUUCUACAAUUACGUUCACCUAAUGUUGGUGAUUCAACUGAUUUUUUUGAUGAAUUAACGCAAUUUAUUCACCAAAGAAAAAUCAGUAAGAUAAUAAUUUUAACAAGUAGUUACGACUAUGAACAGUUUGAUAGAUCGGAUACCAGCUUGAGAUAUCUUAGUUCGGAUAAUUCGUUACUGAACAAUGAAAAGCUUCUUGAAACUCUUUGUUGGAAAAAGCAUUCAAGAAAGACUUUAAUGGAAUCAUCAGGAAGUUAUUGCAUUCCUGGUGGAGGAUUCGCGAAUGGACUUUAUGAAUAUCUUAAGUCAAUGAAAAUUCCUUGCACUGUAUUAUUUUGUUACUGUUCUGAAGGAGACAAUGUACAUGAUGCAUUAAUAUUAGUCAAAGGUUUAAAUCAAUGGUUAAAUCUAUUAGAAAUUAGUACAGAUGGUGGUAUUAAUGUUACAUAUCCACCAUCUUGGGAAUACCUUUUUGGUAAUCCACCUUCGUCUGAAAUAUAUUAAGUAUGGUGCUUAAAGC